AUGGCUUAUCAAGCCUAUAAUCAACCUAACGCCUAUAACCGGCCAAAUUUGGAACAAAUUUUUUCAUCUGUCGACAAAGAUAGGUUUGUUUAUUUUCCUUAAAAAUGCUUUUGCGCCCUUGUUAUUUUCAUUAAAUUGUUAUAAUCAAUUUAUGAUCUUUUUUUCGGUAGUAUUAGUAAGAAGUUGAAAAAUAUUAUCAGUCACAGUUUUAGAAUUGAAAUUUUUUUAAUCGAGCUUUGACCAGCUUCUUUUUGAUAGAAUCAAAAUUCAGAUCGGGACAGAUCAGUGCUGAUGAAUUGCAAAGGGCCCUAUCAAACGGUAAAAUUCGAUUGGUCGAAAAACGAUAAGUUAAAAUUACAGGAACAUGGAACCCGUUCAAUCCAGAAACCUGUCGGUUGAUGAUAGGAAUGUUCGAUUCCAAUGGCGAUGGAGCAAUAAAUUUCGGAGAGUUCCAGGUUUUUUUCAAGUUUUAACAAAAUCUCAUCUUUUUGUUUUUAGGCGUUAUGGCAAUAUAUUAACGAUUGGACGACUUGUUUUAGAUCCUUUGAUCUCGACCGAUCAGGAAAUAUUAGCAAAUCCGAACUGAAGAAUGCUUUGACACAGUUUGGUUGGUUUUUUUUUUGUCGUUGUGAAAAUAAGGGUCUAUUGUCUGAGGACCUUAGUUGUCAAUGAAUUUUCAAAAAUCAAUGGUAAUGCGGUAUUAUCCGAUCGUACACAAAUAGUAUGGAAAUCGCAGAAAAUUCGGAUUUGGGCCAUUUUUUUUUGAUCAUCAAAGAGCGUCCGCCGAUUCAGUGCGCUUCAUUGUGUGUAAUCGUGUCAAUGCUCAGGUUAUCGACUUUCGGAUGGAUUUUAUGACAUCCUACUCAACAAAUUCGACAGGAGCCACAAUAACAGUAUCAAUUUUGACGACUUUAUUCAGCUUUGUGUCGUCCUCCAAACACUGACAGCAUCUUUUCGGUUAGUUACGCAAUAAAUAUUGAAUUCAUAUGAAAAAUGUGGAUUGAAAUUAUUUAUGAAUUAUUUUAAAAAGCAGCCACUUUAUGCGCGUGUAAGUCUACCCCCGAUUCGUCGUGUCUUUUUACUCUUUUUACAGUAGUUUAGAAAAAAAAAACUCACCUUGCAAAAGUUUUGUAGCUUAUUCAAAUGUUUUCUCCCAACAUAUUAUUCAAACAGAAAAGACUUCGUAAAAUAAAAAUAAAACAUCUUUUCGAAAAUGAAAAUUUUUUUUGAAUAUUCCACAUUGUUUCCAGGUGUGUUUACACCCCAAAAUAAUUUAGGCCAAGUGGUGUAGUGAAAAAAGUCGUUCUGUAGAACAUACACGGACAAGAGGAUUUCCCAUAACUCAAAAACCAUUAUCAAAAAAAUUGCAGAGACGCGGAUACGGACCGCGACGGAGUCAUCACAGUCGGCUAUGAGCAGUUCCUCACAAUGGUCAUUUCUCUUAAGAUGUAGAAGAAUCAACGCUUCGAAAAACUUUCAUAUACCGGUCAAAUAAACUGUGAAUAUUUCAGAUUGCGCCAAUGGUUCUUAAAGAAAGAAGUAGACGCGCUAGUUAA